CAGACACACCUUCUCUUAACUGUCACAUUAUUCAGUUGAUCAUUUUCUGUAGACUGGCUGGUGACUAGCUCAGAGCUAGCAAGUGUCACCCAGAGCAUAAUAAAGCACUGUGUAGUAAUGCGUCACAAGACCAUUUUUGCAUAGAGCUUAGCCAAGGCUUUUGGAACCGCCCUCGGUUGCACCUUGUGCUAUAUUAGUACUUCUCAGACAGGAAGAAUUUUCUUUCGCUGGUGUAGCUUGUCCGGUUACCUUCAGGUCUAUAUCCAAGCCCCUGCAUCUCUGGAUAUUGCUUACUACCUAUGCUGUUGUUCUAGGACAAACUGAAGGACAGAACUCAGAGUGCGCUAAGGAAGACUGGAUAACCAAGAAAUGCCUAAUCAGGAUUCUGCUGUACAUGUGAAAAUGAUGCCUGAAUUCCAGAGAAGUUCAGUUCGAAUCAAGAACCCUGCAAGAGUAGAAGAAAUUAUCUGUGGUCUUAUUAAGGGAGGAGCUCCCAAACUUCAGAUAAUAACAGACUUUGAUAUGACACUGAGUAGAUUUUCCUAUGAAGGGAAAAGAUGCCCAACAUGUCAUUAUGUCAUUGACAGCAGUAAGCUGGUUACAGAUGAAUGUCGAAAAAAGUUACUGCAACUAAAGGAAAAAUAUUAUGCCAUUGAAAUUGACCCUGGUCUUACCAUGGAAGAGAAGUACCCCUAUAUGGUAGAAUGGUAUACUAAAUCACAUGGUUUGCUUGUUGAACAAGCUUUACCAAAAGCUAAACUUAAAGAAAUUGUGGCAGAAUCUGAUGUUAUGCUCAAGGAAGGGUAUGAGAAUUUCUUUGAUAAGCUCCAACAAUACGGUAUCCCUGUGUUCAUAUUUUCGGCUGGUAUUGGUGAUAUACUAGAGGAGGUAAUCCACCAAGCUGGCGUUUAUCACCCAAACAUCACAGUAGUGUCCAACUUCAUGGAUUUUGAUGACAAUGGAGUGCUGAAAGGAUUUAAAGGCGAACUAAUUCAUGUAUUUAACAAACAUGAUGGUGCCUUGAAGAACACAGAAUAUUUCAAUCGACUAAAAGACAAUAGCAACAUCAUUCUUCUGGGAGAUUCCCAAGGGGACACAAGAAUGGCAGAUGGAGUGGCCAACAUUGAACACAUCCUGAAAAUUGGAUAUCUAAAUGAUAGAGUAGAUGAGCUUUUAGAAAAGUACAUGGACUUUUACGACAUUGUUCUGGUAAAAGACGAAUCAUUGGAUGUAGCCAACUCUAUCUUACAGAAGAUUCUAUAAACAAGCAUUCUUCAAGACCUCUUUCCUGUGGGUGCAAUUGAUGCGAAAUGCUCACCUGUUCAUCUUGCUGAAAGACUUCUAUUUAUAAUGCAUUCUUGCUCUUGAAGUUUUUUUCUCUCCAUUACUGAGGUAUUUUUGGACGUACUGAAUUCAUCGACUGGAAGCUCCUUUUUUCCUCCACCUCUCUCAACACACUCCUCAACUCUAUUUUUUGACAGAUUGAAAAAGAAAAUUUUAAAGCCAAAAUUUGAAAAAUAACUCCCUACAUUUCCAGAGUGAAUUUUUUAGUGUAAUGUUAUCAUGAGGUUUUUGAGGAAACUUUUUACUCUGUGAAAGUUUGUGUAAGUUUAAAAAGAAGUUUUAUGAAAUGGUGAAAUAAUGUGCAUGAUUUUAAAUGUUGCCAUUUUUGUAAUUGAGGUGAAUUAUGCUGAUGAUAUCACCAUCUCCUGAAAUUGUGUUAUGUUUGGUUAUUCUGUUUUGUGAAAGUCAGUAUUUACCAGAAAAUAUUGGCACUCAGUGUUUGAAAAAACCAUUGGUAUCCACAUGUCACUAAUCAUUACAAAAUGUUCUGUAUUGAAGCACUGAUAAUACACAUGAAAUGAAAAGCCUUUUUAAAUUGUACUGUCAAGAUAAUUAUUAUUCAUUUUUUCAACAAUAUCUGUUAAGCACCUGCCGUAUUUUUCCUAUGUGUGUAUGUGUGAGAGAGAGAGGGAAAGAGGGAGAGAUAAAUCCUAGUGUCAUUGUCAUGGUGCCUAUUUAGAUUGACUAUUUUUAAACUUACACAUUAUAAGUUCAAGGAUAAAAAGAUAGUUGCAGAGGAAAUUUAAUCAGCCCUACAGAAAGUACUGGGGACUGGGAAAAUUCUUUUCGCUCAUUGAAGGUAUCAGUAAAAGAGUCUAAGUUGUUGUGAGUCUAAGAGUUUCAGAAAUAGCCACAGGCAGGGAACAAAGUGUAGCUGGGUCUCCUGUUAACUAAAACUGUGUACUGCUAAAUUAGGAACUGGCAUUCCUCUCUGCAGUCUGACUUCCCAUUCCAAAUUUCUGCUGCCCCAUAAUUGGUUUCCACAAGGUUUACACUUGCCAUGGUGAUAAAUGUGACCCUGACUCUAACCAUUUUCACUCCAGAGUCUACAAGCCACUAAUUCCGUAAUGCAUCUGAGCUGUGAUAUAGAACAUGUUCCACCUGGUUCUGGACAUCCAGUGUGGUCGGCAGUCUCUAGUCCAAUUUGAUGUGGCAGGUAGGCAAGGUCUUGCAGUGGAAACCUUUUCCCUGGGGCAGCCCAUCCUUAUCCUCUACUACUACUGCUCCUUUUUAUAAUAAACAAUGAAACAAAGUCUAUAGUGGCCAAAAGUAGACUAUUCCCUGCUUAAGUUGGGAAUUUCUAAAGGUAGCUUUUUAUCCCGUAUUGCUGUUAGAGUUGACCAUAUUGACUGUUUUCCAAAGGAGCUUAUAAUAUGCUUCUACAAAGAAGCAUGGUGCAUGGUGUAAAUGUAAAGAAUACUGAAGUUAUGACCUCCAUUCUAGUCAAGGCUCAGCCCUGUACUAAAACUAUAUAAGUCAGGCACCUCCCUAUAUAAUGAAGGCCUGGGGGGGCUGCAGGCUCUCUAGCCCCUUCCAGCCACCCCCUAACUGGAUUAUUAUGCCAGGCCCCUGCCUCUUCUACCACCUGCCUGUGACCCUAUCACCUCUCACUGCCCCUGUUUCUAUCGAUAUUUAAAACAAUUGGUUUUCAAGUUCAGCUUUCAGAGCAGUUUAGCCAUUAGGAAAUGGGCUAUAGACUCAGACUGUCUGGAUUUGAAUCCUCUUUCUACCACUUAGGAGCUGUGUGAUCAGGACAUAUUAUUUAACCUGUGUCCUUGCUCAUCUAUAAAGUGAAGGUAAUGAUACAUCCUCUGGAUAAAUUACUGUGAGGAUGACAUUUACUCAUCAACACCAAUGUGUGCUUUUAAGUUUUAUAUUUGCAUUUAGAAUAGCUUAGCACCAGUAUUCAGUAUGGUUAGCUCUUUCCCAUCCACGAAAGUGUAAACAGUCUGGAGGGAAGGAGGAAACCCAAAGCUCUUUCAUAGCCCUAGUGAACAUUGGCCGUGUAUAGUAACUACCAUGUCCUCUAAAGGGUCUAGCAUUAGCUGUUAGGGUUUUUAGGGUUUUGUGGGGUGUUCUUUUUUUAAUUUUGAGUUUUACCUUAGGAGUAAAGCAGUUUUGGGUGCUGAGAUGAAUGAUUUUGAAGAAACUGAAAAGCAAAAACAACUGUCAAAGAUACUAGUUUGUCCCAGAGUGAUUUUGUAAGAACUCCGCAUCCCGUGGUGUGUUUAAUAGACUCCAGAGUUGGUUAGGUAGAUUAUUAAAGGUUUUUUUAACCA